AUGAAUCCCCAGGAGACGCAGCUUCUCUCUGGAGGUAGUGGAACGCAGAGUCUAUGGGUAGAAACGCCAUUCCCGGUCCCUAGGCCCGACAUUUUUAAGUCGUCACCUACAGUCCCAUUUUCUCUUCAAGAGUAUCUCAAUGAUGAGAACGGUUUGGAGCGGUGCAUAGCAGGCAUGCCUGGGCAAGACCGAUGCUCAAGCUCUCAAGAGCGCCAGGCUGGCCAACAAGCCUCGCAACUUGACACGCACCGUCCCUCACCAGUUGCAGUCGCCGACCCGGCAACAAACACUGGCUUUUUUGACUCGGAGUAUAUUGAAGUGGACUAUGCGGGAUUGGCGAGCGCGAGGGGCUAUGAAGCAGCCACCACCACCACGACGGAUGACUUGAGUGGCAUGGAAAGAAAUGAAGUCACAUCACUUGACUCUUGGUCUACAUUGUCCUGCGCCCCUUUGACCGGCUCAUCAUCAUCAUCGUCAACACAUUCUUCUAGCCAUUCCCUCCUCGACCCAUCAUAUGCCCCUUGCUCAAAUUCUCUUCGCUAUGAAUCCCUUCACCGCCAGUUACAAGAGGCAGGACUGGCUGGCCUAGGAGAUGGCACGAAUAGCAUCCAGCUGUACCACCGGUAA